AUGAGUUCGUAUCAUUCAAAGCCUAUCGGCUACAGUAGCACGGUCUUCAGCGCCGGCCCCAAUAUCGAUUUGAAGGAGCUUGAGAUCCAGGAGGACUGGUGCGGCAGACCUGCUAGUUCUUGGGCUGUUCGGAGGAUUGGGUUGUUGCAGGCCAAAGUUGAACAGUUCAGUUACAAGAUUUACCAUAGUUCGAGAUAUGGGAAGCACCACUUGUCGAGGCUGAUACCGGGGUACGUGCUCCGACAGAUGGCGAACGAAGCGUUUGGAUUUGAUGGGUGGAAGAUGCAGGUUUUACAUGUGGAGGCCCAUGAGAAGCAGAGUUCGUCUGCUGGGGCGUCAGUUGGUGAUGAGGGAUUCAAGUGCAGCGUUUUGGCAGAGGCCGAGGUGGAAAUCUCGUUGGAAGAUGGCACCAACACUCGAGCUGGUGGAUUUGGGUGUGCGACUCUAUCGAGCAAGGGAGAAAGCUACGCCAAGGCUAAGAAAGAAGCUGUGAAUGAUGCGUUCAAGAAAGCGCUACUAAGCUUCGAAAAGAUUAUCUUGGAACAUGGGAUUAAGGUUGAAAAUAAUUACUAUGUGGGAGGCGUCUACGCCUCAGAUAUGGAAAAACACGUACAAGUAGAUAACGUCCAUCAAUGA